AUGGGUCAGACUGGCCAGUUCCAAAAGGAUGUCGCGAAGUACGGAAAAAUGGAAUACAUGAGAUGUUCUCCAGAAAAUGGUUUCUUUCCCGAUUUAUCCACCGUCUCUCGAACAGAUAUCAUAUUUUUCUGUUCACCUAACAAUCCAACUGGUUCUGCUGCAUCAAGGAUGCAACUUACUCAGUUGGUUCAGUUUGCCAAGAAGAAUGGGUCGAUUAUAGUUUAUGAUUCCGCAGAUGCCAUGUACAUGUCAGAUGACAACCCGCGGUCCAUCUUUGAAAUUCCUGGAGCCAAAGAGGUUGCAAUUGAGACUGCCUCAUUUUCCAAGUACGCAGGGUUCACUGGAGUUCAUCUGGGAUGGACUGUGGUUCCAAAAGAGCUUCUCUUUUCGGAUGGGUUUCCUGUUGCCAAUGAUUUCAACCGCAUUGUUACUACUUGCUUCAAUGGUGCAUCCAACAUUGCCCAAGCUGGUGCUCUUGCAUGCCUUUCGCCUGAAGGUCUUAAGGCUAUGCAUGAGGUGAUUGGCUUCUACAAAGAAAAUACUAAUAUUAUAGCGGAGACUUUUAACUCACUUGGCUUUAAUGUCUACGGAGGGAGAAAUGCACCUUAUGCAUGGGUUCAUUUUCCCGGUCGACGUUCAUGGGAUGUGUUCGCUGAAAUUCUCGAGAAGACACACGUUGUUACAACCCCUGGCAGUGGUUUCGGACCUGGUGGUGAAGGUUUUGUUAGGGUUAGCGCCUUCGGUCAUAGGGCUAAUGUGUUAGAAGUAUGUAGAAGAUUCAAGCAGUUGUACAAGUGA